AUGUCAGAAUGGUUCCACCAACAGGAUCUGGAUUUUGUCUCCUUGUACUUCGGAGAACCAGAUUUGAUUGGGCACAAAUAUGGACCAAAUUCUCCAGAACGCCGUGAGAUGGUCCAGCAAGUAGACCGUACAGUGGGCUACAUCCGGGACAAAAUCCAAGAACAUGGCCUUACUGACCGGCUCAACAUUAUCAUCACUGCCGACCACGGGAUGACUACAGUUUUAAGAGGUGGAACCUUUGAGGAGAUCACCCUCUCUAAGAUCCCUGGAUUCAGCUUCAAAGAUGUCAAAUUCCACCUGGUGGAUUAUGGUCCUGCUGGGAUGCUGCUUCCUAAAGAGGGGAUGCUGGAGAAGGUCUACCAGGCUCUGAAAGGAAGCCACCCUCACCUUCAUGUGUACAAAAAGGAGGAGAUGCCAGCUAGACUGCACUACGGUAACCAUCCUCGGCUCUUGCCCAUCAUCCUCUUUGCUGAUCCUGGAUAUGUAAUCAAUGGGUUUUUCCCUGUGCAGUUCCACAAAGGAGAACAUGGCUUUGACAAUCAAGUGAUGGACAUGAAGCCUUUUUUCAGGGUGGUGGGACCUGAUUUCAAGACAAACGUGGUGUUCCGGUCUUUUGAGACAGUCGAUGUGUACCCACUGAUGUGCCAUCUACUGGGGAUAAACCCAGAAGUCAAUGAUGGACACCUGGACAAUACCAAAGACAUGAUGGUCCCCAACAAAAAAAACAGCUCCACCAACCCCACCAGAAACAAGCUGCUGCUCAUCUCCUUCGACGGCUUCCGCUGGGACUAUGACAGGGAUGUUGAAACCCCUAACUUGGAUAAGAUGGCCCAGGAUGGGGCGAAGGCACUCUAUGCUACUCCACCCUUUGUGACCAUUACCAGCCCUUCUCACUUCACAAUGCUGACAG